AACUGCUCUCUGUACAUAAUUACUAAACAAAUGUUAUAUGUAGAAAAAAAGGAAAGAUAAAGCAAAGCAGAGCAGCACAAAUAUUAACUUUUCCUUCUCUCACACAAAGAGGAAAAAAAAAAAAAAAAAAAAAAGAGGGGAUCCUUAUUGUCAUUUGCAGAGAAAGCUACUUCACUCCUUUCCCUUCCCUUCGUCUCUCCGUCUCCCUCAUCCCCACAUUUUUUUUUGUUUCCGUCCACUAGAACCGUCUUGUUGCUUGCUUUUGGAGCAUCUUCGAAUUUUCAUGUUCUGAUUUUUUCCUAUUCUGGUGGAGAUAGCCUUGCCCUUUUGAUGGCUGCCGCAGAAUCAGGAACCGAUCGGAGCAGCUUCGCUUUUGGAUUUGGAGUUUUCCAGUGAAUGAAUCUGUUUGUUUCUGCUGUCUAUGUGUUGUUGUUAUGGGGAAGAAUACUGACGAAGAGCAGAAUCUUCCUGUGAGCGACGGAGCCGCUUCGUCUAGGAAUAACGGAGGAGGAAUCAACAGUUGUUGUUGCUGCGUUUCGAUCUCUAGCUACUUUAGUCUCAGAUGCGUUUUCAUUCUUGCUUUCUCUGCUGCUGUCUUCCUCUCCGCCUUGUUCUGGUUACCUCCAUUCCUCGGAUUAGCAGAUCGAGGGGAUCUAGAUCUCGAUCCAAGGUUUAAAGAUCACCGAAUAGUGGCAAGUUUUGAUGUUGGAAAACCAGUUUCGUUCAUGGAAGACAAUUUGUUGCAGCUUGAGAACGAUAUCACCGAUGAAAUAAGCUUUCCCAUGACCAAAGUUGUGGUAUUAGCGCUUGAACGCUUGGGUGAUCUUAACAGAACAAUGGUUGUUUUUGCCAUUGAUCCCGAGAAGGAGCAUUCUAAGAUACCUGCCGAAAUUGAGAGCCUGAUCAAGGCAGCUUUUGAAACUCUUGUUCAAAAGCAGUUGUCUUUCCGCUUGACUGAAUCCUUGUUUGGGGAACCGUUCCUUUUUGAAGUGCUAAAAUUCCCUGGAGGAAUUACUGUGAUCCCUCCCCAGCCUAUAUUUCCCCUGCAGAAGGCGCAACUUCUCUUCAAUUUCACAUUGAACUUUUCGAUUUACCAAAUUCAAUCAAACUUUGAGGAACUCACUAGCCAGCUGAAGAAGGGUAUUAAUCUGGCUCCUUAUGAGAACUUGUACAUAACCUUGUCAAAUUGUAGAGGUUCAACAGUGGCGCCUCCUACAAUAGUUCAUUCUUCUGUUCUGCUUACAGUCGGCUCUUCUUCAAGGUUGAAGCAACUUGCUCACACCAUCACUAGCUCCCAUUCCAAAAAUCUCGGCCUAAACCACACUGUAUUUGGUAAAGUUAAGCAAGUCCGUCUUUCCUCGAUCUUACCACAGUCACCCGCCACAUCAUCAUCCCCUUCCCCUUCUCCUCAGCCUGAAACCCACGAACACCAUCAUCAUCAUUCUCAUCCCCAUCAUCAUCAUCACCACCAUCAAGAACUUGCUCCAGAACCUUCAACUUCGCCUCCAACUAAAGGCUUGGCACCUGCAUCAGCACCAACCAAACACUCAUCUUUACCCCCGAGGAAGCCGCCUUGUCCUUAUGAGCAGAGGAGACCGAAAGGAAACAACGCUCUGAACCAUCAUACUGCAGCACCAACGCCUGCACCACACCGGUCUCAGCCACACCCACUCCCACUUCCACCAGCACCAAACCCUACCCGGCCACAUCGUCAUGCCAUCCCUGUAUCUAGUCCACUUCCUCACGUUGUAUUUACACAUAUCCCACCUCCAUCAAAAAGCAGCCCAGAAACAGAACCAAACAGAGAACAAACUCCCUCACCUUCCCCAACUCCAUCUUCGGCGAGCAUGGGUCCAACCUUAAAAAAGGCAUCAUCGAAGCUCUUUGUAGUAGUAGCUGUUGUAAUUAUCUGUCUCUAAAGCAAAAAAACAAAAAAAAAACAAAAAAAAAAAAAGAACCGCCGGAAGAAGCUGCUUAUAACGUUCAAGCUGUAAAAAAAAGUAGCAGCAGUUCAGAAAAGCACAACUCCUCCGGUCACAACAUCAUCAAUCAAGGUAAUUGUAUAAAGGAACAAAAGGGAAAGAAAAGAAAAUGUAUGUAUGAAAAAAAUGAAGAGAGUUUUUUUGUUUUUGUAAAAGAGAGUUGUUGAGGUUUGCAACACAAAAGUGUGACUUGCACCUUACAUCCGAGAAAAAGAAAAAAACAUAUAUAUAAAACAUUUCAGUUUUAAUUUUGUAUAUAAAGUAAUCUUGCUUCAUGAAGAAGCAUUUAUCGUUA